AUGGAUUAUUUACAAUAUUUCGAUAUUUUUGAUGAAAUAGACCGUGAGGAACCACCAAGAAAAAGAAAAUUUUACAAAAAACGUUUCGAUCCCUUUACUCUAGAAGAAAAAGAUUUUCGAAUGAAAUAUAGAUUCAGUAAAGUAUAUAUGAGAAAAAUAGUUAAGUUAGUUCAGCGUGAUAUCGAACUACAAGCUAGUGGUGGCGGGCUGUCUGUAGAACUUCAAGUUUGUACUGCUCUCAGAACGUGGGCUAGGCAAGAAGUGCAAGAUGAUGCAGCAGACAUUCAUGGGCUUAGCCAACAGUCCAUCACGAAUAUAUGCCGAAGAGUAGCUCUUGCUUUGGCAAGUAAAGCGGCACAAUUUAUACGCAUGCCUAGUACUUUAGAAGAACAAGAACAAGUGGUUUCUGGAUUUAGAAAUAUUUGUGGCUUUAAGCAAGUGAUUGGUGCUAUCGAUUGCACGCACAUAAAGAUUAAAAAAGUUGGAGGCGAUAGUGCCCAAUAUUAUAUAAACAGAAAGGGAUUUUCAUCCUUAAAUGUCCAGGUAGUUUGUGAUGCUCAAUUAAAGAUAAGGGAUAUAGUGGCACACUGGAGGGGCAGCACACAUGAUGCAAGAAUAUUCAGGGAAAGUCAAAUUCGACAACGAUUUGAAAAUGGGGAAUUUCAUGGUCGUUUACUAGGAGAUUCUGGCUACGGUUUGACAAAUUACUUGUUUACACCAGUCCAGAAUCCCCGUACUGCUAAAGAGAAAUCUUAUAAUAAAUCACAUAUUUUGACCAGAAAUACAAUUGAAAGGUGUUUCGGAGUUUGGAAACAGAGGUUCCGAUGUCUAUUACUUGGGUUUAGUGUGUCACUAGAAAAUGUAAAAUUAUACAUUGUUGCACUUGCAAUAUUACACAAUAUUGCCAUUGAAAUGAAUGAAGGCAUUGACUUCCUUGAACCAGUCAUAUCUGAAGAUAAUGGUGACCAACAAGUGCUAAGGGAAGGUCUUGAUAGCCGAUCUGGUCAAGAAACAAGGAGAUUAUUCAUUGAAACACAAUUUUAG